AUGUGUUUUUACUUAAAACCUCCAAGAGGUGGUUUACAACUUCAUAUAUUAGAAGAAACUAUUAAUCAAAGAACAAAUCUUUUAAAUGAUCUAAUUAAAAAGAAAGAUUUACCUACCAAUUUUAAUUGUCUUAUCGAUGGCACGGCUCUUGAUCGAACAGGACAUUUUAUACUACGAAUUUUAAGUGUCAAGGAAGUUCCGUUUACGAUUUGUAUGAAGUUAAUAUCGUCGUUUGAAGUUGAAAUGAGGAAAGGAAUUGCUUUUAUACCUUGCAGUAAAUGGAAAUUACUUUUACAAGAAUUAUAUAUGUUUUAUUUGAAAUUAGAAUGCGAUCUGUUAUUAAAUAAUUCGGGAUUUUUAGAAGUAUUUGAUGAUCCUAGAUUUGAAUAUUUAAUAGAAAAACGGCGAAAAAUUCAAAUCGAUAAGGAUGUGCCUAUUAUAACAGUUGAUAAAAUUGAACAAGAAGUUGAAAAAUUUCCUUUGUGCAUGCAAAUUUUACACACAACUUUAAAACGCGAGCAUAGAUUACACCAUGACGAUAGAGUAAAUUUAACAUUAUUUUUAAAAAAUAUCGGUCUACCACUAAACGAAGCAAUAACGUAUUGGAAAUUAGAAUAUGAUAAACCAUCAAAUCAUUGUACAUCGUGCUCACAUCAAUGGAAAGAUUCCGAAAAGCGUUACGUUUACAGUAUACGACAUAUGUAUGGUUUAGAAGGUAGUCGAAGAAAUUAUGGAUGUAGAAAUUGUACACAAUUGCAAGAUGAUGCUGUUUCAGUACGGUCUUGUGGUGGAUGUCCUUUUAAAUUAUAUUCAAAUUCAAGUUUAAAAAAACUUUUAGAAGAACGUAAUUGUUCUGAAGAGAUUAUCAAUGGAAUCUUAACAAGUCGAGUGCAUGAUUCAAGGGAUGCAUGUAAAUUAUUUGUAAAAUACCAAAGACAAAGUAAUCAAUCCAUGACUAAUGUGAAAAAUAUUAACUUUUCAAAUCCUGUUCACCGAAUGUAUAUUAAUGCCGGUGAACCUGCAAACGCCAGUGACGUCAACUUCACGGAGUAA